AAAGAUUUGUCAGAAAAUAUAAACGAGUUUUCAAAUAGUAGUUCGUUAAAUUCAGGUCUUGACGUUACGUGCUUCCCGUGUGAUUUGUUGAAAAUAUAAUGGAUACGUAUGAAAGUGUAUUGCUUGUCAAGUCUGAAGUAUUUGUGUUUAAAAUACCACCAAGGUCAACAAAUAGGGGUUAUCGAGCAGCUGAUUGGAAUCUCCAAGAGCCUUCAUGGACUGGGCGUAUGCGGCUUGUAUCACAAGGGGACUCUGUCACCAUAAAAUUAGAAGAUAAAAUGACUGGAGAAUUAUUUGCUAAAUGUCCAAUUGAGCAAUAUCCAGGAAUUGCAGUUGAACCAGUUACAGAUUCUUCCCGUUAUUUUGUUUUACGAAUCCAAGAUGAUAAUGGAAGAUCAGCUUUUAUUGGUGUGGGAUUUCUAGAUAGAUCUGACAGUUUUGAUUUAAAUGUUGCUCUUCAAGAUCAUUUUAAAUGGGUUAAAAAUCAAGAACAAAUAGAAAAAGAAAAGGACAAACCAAAACAGGAGCUGGACUUGAGAUUUAAAGAGGGAGAAACAAUAAAAAUAAACAUGAAAAUUACUAAAAAGGAUGGUAGUGAAGUUGCUUCUAAAACAAAGCAACGUCCCAAUGCAAAUAUAGGUUUACCUCCUCCACCAGGUGGUGUAAAAAUUGCACCACCACCUGCUAAAACUCCAACUUCGUCGCCUGCUCAUAAACCUGUUCAGAAUGUCAAUCAAACAAAUUCAGAAUGGGGAGAAUUUGCUAGUGCAUCACAGCAAUCAGGAACUCAGCCACCACCAACAGUAGGGAAUGCUAGUUGGGUUCAGUUUUAACUUACAAAGUGUAUUAAAGUUUAAUAUAGAUAUGCUAUAGAUUAAUAGGCUAUACAUUCAUAAUUUUUAUGUUCAUAGUACACAGGUAUGUUAAUAUGUACCUACACGUGUGCACAUAUGUAUCUUUUAAGGGUAAUUAUUGACAAAGAUGUUUCUUACUACAUGGUAAGUUAAUCAUAAUAUUUUACUUUUUUUUAUGAAUUUAUAUUUGAUUUAAUUACAAAAUAACUUGCGUGGAAUAAAUUUCAUUUAAGUUAUUAAGAAAAUUUUGACAGUGUUUGCUGAUAAUUAUAUAUGUAAAAAGCAUAUUUUCUUACACUUUUUGCUUAAGCAGAUUAUAUAAGAUGAGUAUAAUACUCAUAUUUUUUAUAUAAAGAACAACCAGAUAAGUUUAUUUUCUUGUACAGAGUAGCUUUAAAAAGGUGAAAUAACUCAAGUAACAAAAAUGAAAAAUUUACUUAUUAAAUAAUAAUUGUAAUUUAUGCUAUUAAAGCAUAAUUCUUUACCAAUAACAAGCAAUUUUAUGAUUAUUUCAGUAUUAUAUAAAAAAUAUACUGAAAUAAACUUUGAUAUUUUUUAUUACAAAGAUACAUUCUUUGUUGAAGCCCUUAAAAGAUUGUAAAUCGAAUUAUGGCAUAUACUGUCUUAAUUAGUAUUAUUUUUUUGGUGUUUGUACAUAAAACAAAAAUUAAAAAGGUUCAAGCAAAUGUAAGGCCUAAUUUUCUAAAUGUAUUAAGUUUUUAGAUUAUAUUUUGUGUUUAAAUUGAUACAUUGAAAAAGAUAUUGUCAUUAAGUAUAGUAUAUUUACAUGUUACUCUCUAUUUUUCAAAGAAACAGAUUAAGAAUUGGUUUUAUACUAACAUAAAUUUUGAUUAAACAUUUGAUUGUUCAACAAAGGUAUAGAAAAUGCUUGUAAAAAUUACGUACCACAAAAAAAUUGAUUAAAAAUACAUAGACAAAACACUGUUCUUUCAUAUAUAAAGAUAUUAUUCGAGUCAUCAUGAAGGAAAUUGAGUAAUCUACAUUCAAAAUAAUAAAAAAACAAAUUUGUUACAUAUCUCCAAUAGCGAAAAUGAGGGAUAUUGUUUUGUGUAUAUAUUAAAAAGAUGUUAUCAAAACCUUAGGUAUGUAAUAACUGUAAAUUAUUUAAAAAUACAAAAACAUUAAAUUAGAUCUUGUGAAUAGAAUAUAUACGAAAAGAUUAUUUAUAUACUCUAGUGUCAUUGUAAAUGGUGUUGAGUAUACUUGUAAAUGAUGUUGAAAAAUGUUGUUAAUAAUAUCUAUGUUAAUACUUAAUAUAACAACACCAAUAUCUUGUAAUUCCACAAGUUACAUUCCAUUGCAUAUACACAUACUCUUAUACAUGCGUUAUGUGCGUUAAAUGCAAUUUUCUUUUUGUAGGAAAAGAAAAAUACCGUUGCUUUUUAUUGUAUAUUUUCACUUAUAAUAAAUUG